UAGUCUACAACUCACGUCGUUUUACGGUCUGUUUGUGUCGAAAGGGGGAACAGCCAUCAUAAUCCACACACUGACUUAGGUUUGUUAUUCAAUGCAGUGCUACUGGUGAACUGGUGUGUUGACGUUUGAAGGCCCGCGAGAAAUCUUUAACCACAUUUCGAGUUGUAGUGCUGGUGGCGUAUGAUUUAAGCUUCAAAUAAAAUAUGAAGCUAACGCCCUUGCUGUUGGUCAGCCUCCUCGGCCUGACCACAGCCACCACCGAGGAACAGCUCAACAACUUGGGUGCCUUCCAGUCCGACUGGCCGGUGGGUGACUCCAGGAGAUGUCUGGAACAAUCAAGGCUCAGCAAAAUGCCCGUUAAACGUUUUGAGGUGCUGCCCGGCCUGGGGUGGGACAACCUGAGGAACUUGGAGCAGGGGAUGGUGGUCAGCUACAACUUUACUCAAUGCAGGGUCACGGACGACGGGAAUUUUCUCAUCCCUGAUAACAUCUUCACCGUGCCAAUUAAGUCGAGCAGCGUGGAGAGGUUCGCUGAGAUGAUUGACCAGUGGCACAACGUGUCGUCCUUGACCUCAAACUCGGUCAACAUGGAGGCCGGCCUCAGCUUGACCAAGGGCUCCGUCAGCGGAAAGUUUUCCUACGAGCACUCGGAGCUCAAGUCGAAGCAGAUCGAGGAUAAAGCCGUCACUGUACGGGUCCAGAUGAGAUAUCUAAGAUACGAGGCAAAGCUUCAGCCCGACCCAGUACUCAGCCCACAGUUCAGAAGUCGUCUGCUGAGUAUUGCAGCACGGAUUGAGUUGAACCAGACAGAACAGGCCAGAUACGAGGGGCAGUUGUUGGUCAGAGAUUUUGGCACCCACGUGCUGACCAGUGUGACCGCUGGUGCCGGACUUGUCAAGGACGACUUCGUCAAAUCUGAUUUCAUCAGCGCACACUCGGAGAAAAAAUCUGAUAUUUUAGCCUCGGCCUCAGCCUCGUUUCUUAACAUCUUCCAUUUUGGCUCCUCCAUUAGACCCUGGGGGGGUCCCAUGUACCAGGCCGAGGGUAUGGCCGUGGACGACUGGACCAAAGCCGUGGACAAGAACCUGGUGCCGAUGGACAGGUCCGGUGACCCGCUGUACUUCCUGGUCACUCAGCACACGCUGCCGGAGUUGCCGCUGACAACCGUGUCAGAGCUGGAGAAGAUCGUGCGUGAAUCGAUCGAACUGUACUACGAGAUGAACACAAUCCGGGGUUGUACAAAACUCGGAGCACCAAACUUCAGUUUCUCAGCGAACUUUGAUGACGGCUCCUGUAAUGCUCGCCCAACUAACGUAACUUUUGGAGGUGUGUUUCAGACUUGUGAGGUGUCUGGGCAGUUUUUGACCAAAAACCCUUGUGAUGGCCUCAAUCAAGUUAACCCUAAGACCAGCGGCUACUCAUGUCCCGCCUCCUACACAGCUGUUAGGCUGCAUUCCGCAGUUAAAACUGGUUCAUCUGAGAGCAGGAGGUCUUGCCACAGCUGUUGGCUGUUCUUUGAGUGCUGUCACACAGAUGAGUUUCAGGCCAAGGCUCUUUACAGCACAUACUGGUGCGCAGCUACUCAUGGUAAUGUCCCGGAUGCUGCUGGCUAUUUGUUUGGUGGACUUUACACGUCUACUCAAGAAAAUCUGGUCACCAACACAUUUGGAUGUCCUCCUAGAUUCUAUGCCAGGCAUAUGUUUUUUGACAUGAGCAUUUGCAUCAGUGAGGAUUUCGAACUUGCAUCCCCUAUGUCCGUACCCUUUGGUGGCUUUUUCAGUUGUGAAGUUGGCAACCCAUUGUCCUUGCCUGGAGUACGCCCAGUAGGAUCCAAGCUGAAGGCAGCAGCCCCACCCACCAACUCACUACAGGCCUUCAUGCAAGCUAACGAUGUGGCUAGCUCAUACCCAGUGCGAUGUCCUGAAGGGUACAGUCAGCAUCUGGCUACCAUUGAUGUGGGCUGUGCCAUCAAUUAUUGUGUGUUGACCGGCGCCCUCUCUGGACCAGCGUUGCCUCCCGUUAAAAGACCCCCAUUCAUGUCCAAGCCUUUGAUACCUCUGGAGGAUCCAAACAAUUUGGUCAUGUUUAACAUGGAGACUCAGACUUGGAUAAAGAAUGAAAAGGCAGUCAAACUACAGCAGAGUUUACAGUAUGCUGUAACUGACUCUCCUUCAAAGAGCAGUGACAAAAGUGGCAGGGGUGGUAUGGCCAAUGGCACGGUGGCUGGUAUCUCUGUGGGUGUGACUCUCGCCUGUGUCCUCGUCUCUACUCUCAUCUUUGUCGCGGUCAAGAAGAGGAGGUCGAGGAAAAACGAGACCUACCGCAGACUUACAAGCGAGACAACCUAUGGCUCAGUGGCUGAAGGCCCUGACAGUGUUCUUGUUAAUGAAUCUUGAAGCUGUGGCGCUAUGCUGAGCCUAACUUAAAGUCUAAAAUGUUGAAUUGUUUUAAGAAUAUAUUCAAAGAUCUAGUUUAUAGGUAAAAAGGUAGAAAUGUUUUUAAGAAAUCAAAAUUUAGGUUAUAGACAAAAAAAGUAGGAUUUUUUUAAGGAAUGAAAAUUUAAUUUAAAGAUUAAAACAUAGGAUUGUUUUUGAGAUUAUAAAGCUAGUUACAGAUUCAAACAUUUGUUUUUAAAGAUUUGAAGCAAUCUGUAGAUUUAAAAGCAUUUUUAUAAAGACUACAAUCAUAUUUUAAAGACAAAUUUAUUGAAAAUUAUUUUAUAGGUUUUAAAAGUAUUUUAUAAACUGAAAGAAUAUUGUUUUAAGAAUUUUAACCUAGUUAAAAUGUUUUAAAAAGUUACUUUAAUUGUUCUUAGCAUUAUGUAAAAAGACAAUAGUUAUUGUUUUUAAAAACAAUAUAGAGAAACAAAUGUUGAACUUAGUCAUAAAAAUUGAUUAUUUCAAAUUUAGAACUUUAAUAAAAUGUAAAAACAUUUUUUGUUCUUUAUAAAAUGAAAACCUUACUUAUAUUUUUUUUAAAUUGUAAAUAAUGUAACAUUUUAAAAUCAAUAUUUUAAAUGUGAAAAAGUUUUCAUGGAUUUUGGAGUUUUCAAAUAAUAGAUAACUUAGAUACUACACAUUCCAACUUUUGUCAAUAUUAAUGUCUUUCAAAAUUUCACAAAUAAAUAAUGGGAAAUUAAUUAACCAGUUCAUUUCAGGGUAAAUUACUUCUAUGUAACACAUUUUUAUAUAAUUAGCUAUUAUGGAGUGCAUUACAAAAAGACUGCCUUACUAUAGCUCAUGCUACUUUCUAACAACACACAUUUUUGUAUAUUAUUUUUUUACUUUUUUCAUCUUAACUAUUAUAAAGCUGUUUUACUUUUUCAAAAAAAAAAAAAAAAUUAAAUAAGCAUUACUUUACUUUAUACUUUUAUGUUUAUAUUACAUCAUAAGCUGAAAAAUAUAAAUUCGGAUAAUAUAAAUUAUUAAGUGUUGAAUAUAACCUUAAGCAUUUUUUGGACAUUUAAUGUAUUUUUUAUUGGGAAAAGAAAUUAAAAUGUAAGAUUUA